AUGGCCGGAAUUGUGAAGAACGUUAUUGCGACAGGUACCUCUUCGGGUCUGGGAUUCGAAGCAAUCAAGCAAUUGCUGCAACAGACCCAACCACACAACUUCAUCCUCGGCGCCCGAGACACCACCAAGGCACGGGCCGCAUACGAUGAUCUGAAAUACGACUCCGCAAAGCACAAUGUUUCUAUUCUCCCCUUGGACCUUCUGAACCUGAAAAGCGUCAAGUCAUUCGCUUCGCAGGCUCUGUCCGAGCUUGGCCAGAAGAACCUGGACUUGUUGUUCCUGGUUGCUGGCUCUUUGAACAGUGCUGAUGGACCCGGUCCCAACGGCUCGCAAUGGUGCGAAUCAUACGUUACCAACCACCUCAGCCAACAUUACCUGACCCACCACCUGACCGAGAAGUUGACUUCCUCGAAAUCCCGUAUCGUGGUUGUUUCUUCGGGUGCGAUUCGCGGGCUGAGAGACAACGACCCUAAGACACUUGAUGUCGACCUGAAGGCAGGCUCUGGCGCAAACGCAAGAGUAGUAUACAGUGGCUCUAAAUUCUCCCAGCUUCUGGGUGCUCACUGGUGGCGGCGCAACCUCCCGACAUGCAGGGUCGUUGCCGUCUCACCCGGCCUCAUCCCCAACACCAAGCUUGCACAGCACCCCAGCUUGGGCCUGACCAUGGACAUGCCUGAUGCUAAAUCUGUGUCCGAGGGCGCCGAGAACCUCCUCCGCGCCGUCAAGGCGGAAGAUUUCCCCGAAGACCCCGAGCAAAUCUUCCUGACUAGCUGGGGUGAAUGGUGGCCCAAGGCCGUCUACCAGACUAGUCUCGACACUGACUUGCAGGACAAGUGGUGUGUGAGCAAGGAGCAGAUCGAGAAGACCGAGCCAAUUUUCCAGGAAUAA